AUGGUAGAAUUCAAAGCAUCCGAGGAAGAGAAGUAUGUGCCACGAGAGAUCGUGCGGGUUUUUUCUAUGCGCAUUAAAGCAGAAUAUGAGGAUCGUGAUGAUAGUGGAACAGAGCUAGAACAAGCCCUUGUGGAGAAGGCUGAAGACGAUGAGAGCCAGCAGAAGAAACGCAUUCGGCAGAUCAAUGAAUACCUCAACUCUACUAGGCCCCAGGAACUGGCGAGGUUGAGUCAGCUUAGAAUUUUGCUGGAGCGUUCCAUGCGUGAAUUCCGCGCCCAAGUUCAGAAGGGUCAGCCCAAGGAUGCCUUUCCCGAGAAAAUUAGCUCCUGGGAGGACGUUACGUCGAUAGUCGAAGAUAUGAUGAAUCGCUUACAACAAAAGAAAGAAAAGGACAAAUUUCGGCGGGCCACUAAACACUUCCGUACAUUCUGCAACACAAUCAAGUCGCACUCUACGGCUUUGAAGAUGUUGCCAACAAGCAAUGAUUAUGUCACAGUCUUUUAUGGAGCUCUUGCUACAGUAGUUCAGGCCUCUGAAAAUUACACCAAAGUGAUGGAGGCGUUACCUAAGGCACUGGUUGAGAUCAAUGACGCAGUCGCUGCAAUAGAGAAGCGCUCAUGGCUUUUCGAAAACAACACGAUGAAGAGUUACAUGUGGCGUGUUUACAGUCAGAUCUUUGCGUUUCUUGGAGAAAUCAUCCAAUGGUACACCAAGCGUUCUGCUCAACGUCUUCUCGGUAGCUUCAAUGAAAGCCUCCUCGACUUUUUCGACGAUCAAGUCGAAGAGAUCCAAAAACUAGCAAAGCUAGUCCACGACGAGGCUGAUUUUCGGGCUCAAGCAGAUGCCCAGAUUAGUAGGCUUUAUCAUGAAGAGAUGGAAGGCAAGCUUGAUAAAUUCAUGACCAAGCUUCUCGAAAGGGAUUCCGCUCAACAUGAUGUUCUUGGCCGAAGAUACGAACGCUUCUACGAGGAAAUGGAACAAAAGCGACGGGAAGAAUUUUCCAACAAGGAGACUCUCGAGAACAUACUUGUGGGUGUUUUGAACAAGAUAAAAAAACAAGAAACAGGCGCUGCGAUGUCUGAGAUCCUCGAGGGAGAUGCUCGAAAACGACUAGUUUGGCCAGAGGACGCGGUAUAUAUCGAAAGAGCUAAGAAUAUCAACACUCCCAGAUCAGGUCAGGCAUUUGAUUCACGCGCGCUAAUGCAGCAAAAUCUUGAGGAUUCUUAUGCUCCGGAAGUCACAAGAGACACCCUACUUCUAAGUUCGUCUGGACUGGAAGACCACUUCGACCGCGCCAAACUUGUGAUACCGGGAACUUUCGAAAACAAUACCGCUGUUGUAGAUCCGGAAGUAGCAGACCGAAUAAGAUUGUGGAUGAUGGCAACUGAUUCUCAGAUCCUGUACACCUCUGGUUCAGAUCCUUUUGGAGAAAUCGCUCAUGCUUCGGGUGCGGCAGGUCAGUAUACGAAUGUGAUCCGAGAAGCGGGUUUGCCCGUUUGCUCGUAUUCAUGCUCACUCGAGGCUAAAGACCCACCUAAAGGCCGUACGCGCGAAACAAUGGAGCUGGUUGCUUUGGUGUAUAGUUUAAUACGCCAGUUGAUCGAAAUUCUUCCGCCAGUUAUUGAGUCAGACACCACAUUGAUCCAAGAUGUCCAUUGGGAUGAAUUGGACGGAACUUUGAGAACGUUCCCACGGGCAUUAGAGGUUCUGGAAUGGCUUUUUUGUAACACCGGAAAUUCUGUCAUCUUCAUUGUCAUUGACGCUACUGACUUGCUGGACGAUCCAAGCCGCAGGAGUACGGAUAAAUGGCUCACAUGCUUGCUGCAACUGUUCAGGAAGCUUCUAACCAUUUCUCACGGCACUACUCUCAAAAUAUGGUUCAAUUCUGGUGGAAUGUCACCUAUAUUGUUCAAGUCGUUGGAAAGACAUCAAAUUGCGAUUUCGACUUCGUCAGCAAGGUCUGGCAAGCGAGCGUUUGGUAGUGAGGUUAUAAUGAUGUAG